AGGAGGUGGAGAGCAUGACUGGUGUUUGACGUGGAAUAUUUCCGUAAAGAGACGAUGGAGGAGUAGGGAGAGUCAGUGAGAGUGUGUGUAUGUGUGGAAGCUAUCCCGUAUUAACCUUAAAUCGAGACGGGAUUUAGCCGUGGAUCCCAGUCGGAGCUGGGUUCACGGGAGUUUGAUAUCCAACAGUCUGUAAUAGACUGAUCCCAUUGUGCCCCCUCCUCCCUCCGCUCAGCUACAAUCAUGAUAAAAGCCAUCCUAAUAUUCAACAACCAUGGGAAACCAAGGCUUUCUAAAUUCUACGAGCAUUAUACUGAAGACACGGAACAACAGAUCAUCAGGGAAACCUUCCACUUGGUCUCGAAAAGAGAUGAGAACGUGUGUAAUUUCCUGGAAGGUGGAAUGUUGAUUGGAGGAUCAGACUAUAAGCUGAUCUACAGACACUACGCCACACUCUACUUUGUUUUUUGUGUGGAUUCCUCAGAGAGUGAACUGGGAAUUUUAGACUUAAUCCAGGUUUUUGUGGAAACGUUGGACAAGUGCUUUGAGAAUGUUUGUGAGCUUGACCUAAUUUUCCAUGUAGAUAAGGUGCACAACAUUCUGGCUGAGAUGGUGAUGGGUGGGAUGGUCCUGGAGACCAACAUGAAUGAAAUCAUCACACAGGUGGACGCCCAGAACAAGAUGGAGAAGUCUGAGGCCGGUAUUGCAGGAGCGCCUGCUCGUGCCGUAUCAGCUGUAAAGAACAUGAAUCUCCCGGAAAUGCCCAGAAACAUCAACAUUGGUGACAUCAGCAUAAAAGUGCCAAACUUACCCUCCUUCAAAUAAUGGCAGCGAGAUCCCCAGUCUGCAGAUGUCAGCCAGUGUUUACAGUGAUGCAAUCUGUUUACCAAAACCUCAAAUAACUAACUUUUAUCAAAAGUAUACUUCUUGAAGGUACUGUGUGAUCUAAAACUCCUUUUUUUGGUGUUAUCUUUUUGUUUCUCCUCUUAUAAAAAAAAGAAUGUUUUACAUGUUUUUUUUCUGUUUCAAAGAGAAAUGAAGUAUUUAUUUUAUCAGUGGUACAUUCCUGCUGCCUCACUGAGGUCGGCCUUUAAUGUUCAGCUGCUACAGUACACAUCUGUGACAGUUUGUACCUGAAAAAAUGUUGCUUACUGAAGUGUUUACUGAAGCAUUUGUGAAAUGAAAGCUCAGCAGGUAGUGAAGUUUGCAUUCAGUUUUAUUGGUUUGGUUAUUCCAGAUCAGAGAAAUCAAUCAUAGAUCGUGACAUAAAUGAAGUAAUUUCAAAUACCAAAUUACAACAUCUGCUCGAGUAUUGAAGUCAUACAUGACAGCUUGUUUGUAAAAUCAGUACAAACAAAUAUUAUAUAAUAGAUAUGCUGUGUGAUGGAAAUAUGGAUGUGUAUGCUGAAAUGAUUCUUUUGUUUUCUUACUUGUCUACACAAAAUAUUUUUAAAUGAUUUAUCAUGUCUUAUCAAAUAAGUCUCUCACAUUCAAUCUCUGCAUGAGUUUAUUUUCUCUCCUUUUACAGCAUAAUAAACUAUUGAAAUUCAA